AUGGAGGGACACCGCUCUUCUGCUGCUGCUCCCGAAGCAGCAGCAGCAGCAGCAGAAGCAGCAGCAGACAGUGCAGCAGCAACGCAUGCAGCACCAGCAGCUGCUCGCAUAUCGGGGACGAUAGCGGAGUCGGGCUCCAUUCGCAUCAUUAGGCGUUCCGAAAGCAGCAGCAGCAGCGACAGCAGCAACAGCAGCAGCAACAGCAGCAGCAACAGCAGCAGCAGCAGCAGCAACAACCUGAGACCGCCUGGCAGCCCCGAGCCUCUGUCUCUUCCCUUUACUCCACUGAGGCCUCAAAACUCGUUGCAGUCUCUGCUGCAGACGCACGCAGCAAGGAUUCAGCAGCAGCAGCAACAGCAGCAGCAGCAACAGCAGCAGCAGGGAGUCGCAGCAGACAGCACAGGGAAGACUUCUUCUGGGGUCCCCGUUCGAACUGCUGGACGCAUGGGAGUGUCGAAUCAGAACCGCUUCCGCGAAUUGAUGGCGGCAAACAAACCCCGCACAGACACCCUGAGGCCCAUUACACCCGAGGAGCUGCGGAAACACUGCAGCGGCAGCGACUGCUGGGUGUCUCUUGAGGGUGUGGUGUACGAAGUAUCUUCUUAUCUUCGCUUUCAUCCUGGAGGUGCUGCUGUGCUGCUGUCUGUUGGGGGUAGAGAUGCAACUAAGCAGUUCUUUGCUGCACAUCCUUGGGGUCCUUUGGCUUUUUGUUCUGCAAAUGCAUUUGGAGUGCUGGCCGAGGCACCCGUAGCCGCAGGCACAAAAGCAUUAACUCCCCAGCCAAAGGAUUUGCUGCUUUCUCCUUCACACUAA